AUGAUCACGCGACAACCCCAUGGAGCAAUUUCGCUCUUUGCUUCUUCCCUCCUCCGACCGUCUACAUCUCUAUCAAAAUCUAUAAUACCUCAAUCCCACAUCUGCGCACCAUGUCGACGACAAUUACACCGCGGCUUGCCCGCUGGCGGCUACAUUCCUGCUCCCACACCGUUCGUCCCCGACGUGCCCACCUUCCUCAAACUCAUUGGGCGGGAACUCUCCAAACACGCCAGCAAAAUUGAGUCCUGGGAGGAACUCUUCACCUUGACCUCAAAUCAGAUGAAAACACGCGGCAUCGAUCCCCCGCGAACACGGAGGUAUCUACUCCGUUGGCGAGAGAAGUUUCGGAAAGGGGAGUUUGGGAUUGGAGGUGACUUUCAGCAUGUAAAGGAUGGCGUCGCAGAGCUAAGGGUCGUUGAAGUACCCAGUCUGAAAAAAGAUCCCGUAACAGGAGGACCUGUAUCGGGCCCAGCCACGACCGGAAGGAGCCCUGGAAUGCAGAAGCUGAUCGUCAAUGUGCCCAAUGGUUCCGCCACGUAUCAAUUGGCUCCAGGACAGACGACCGCGGACCUGAAAAAACCGCAUGGCUUUACGUUGAAAAACGGGUACAUCAUCAAGGGCAAGCAGGCACAUCCCAUUGCAGGCACGCACGGCAGUGGUGUCACAGUCAAGGCGGUCGAAGGGCUAUGGGAGCAUAAGCGAGGGAGAAAGGUCUAUGGCGGUGAGAGGAGACGGGCGGAAACCCUGCAUAAGAUGAGAGUGGAGGAGAACAAGAAGAACGCGAGAUAG